UCGGACAUGUGUACGAAGGUCACGUCAAUGCCACAUCGAUGCCACGUCAGCAUCGGACAUGUGUACCAAGGCCACGUCAAUGCCACGUCAAUAAUCUGACGUGCGCUGUCUUCUCCACGUCAUCCUCUUCAAUGUAGAUGCCACCACUUGUCGUUGUCGUCCCUGUCACAAGAUCGAAAAUCUGCUCCUAUACCAAAUUGCAAUGAGCCCAGACGUGAUGAUACUCGUCAACAUUACCAGUCCAUAUGAUUAUCGAUCUGCUGAUGAAUGACAAACAAUCGCAAAUGUGUGUGAUGAUAGAAUGAGGUGAGAAUCAUACACAGACGAAGGAGGAGAGAGGGAGAAUAGACAAAGGAGAGAGAAGAAGACAACAGCCCACUUCUACGUAGGGUUCCUCCUCUUCCUCGCCACCUCAUCAAUCAAUAGACUGAAUACGUGGCACAUCAAUCUGUCUACAUCAGCAAAUGGAGAGUAUCGUCAUCAACCAGAUAUGGUCACUUGCUGGUCAUGAGGUCGUUGCUGUUGCGGCUGGGAAACACAGGUCAGCUGUGGCAUCGGCCAUGGGGGCUGUUUACAUGUGGGAUGCUUUAGCAGUUGAUGCUGUACCCCACCCAGUUCGCAUUCCAGGGCUGCAUCAGGCUGUAGACCUCUCCAUGGGUGAAAGCCACUCCAUUGCGAUCUGCACUCUCUCCAUACCUGCGUACGCUUUAAUUGAGCACGUGGAGGGGGAGUUAGGUGAUCUUGCGCAAAGGUUGGAUGGGCCAGGGGAGGCAGAUUCGGAAGGGGAUUUCAAGUUCGAGGAUGCAACACAGGAAGGGUUGUGUCCAGGGAGGAAAGUACCCAUAUUUUGCGGUGGUAGAGAACUGCCAUCACUGAAGGAGAUAUGUGAAGAAGUGAUUGCGAAGACGAUGGUGGAGCCGAAGAAUGUCCUGCUUAUGCUGGAGCUUGCAGAUUCACUCGGUGCUCACAAUCUGAAGCACUACUGUGAGAUGUUGGUCUUGAAGAACCUGGACUAUGUUUUGUCUAUCUCAGCACCUAUGUGGGGUCAAGCUAGGCUAUCUAUUUUGGCAGACCUGGAGAGAGUGCUUGCUGACUAUACCACUGCUUCUGAUAAGUGGCUGAAUCGGCGUGUUCCAAAACCGAGUGGCGUUCCCCUUUCCUCCCUGGUUCUCGAUGAGGAUGAUGCUGGCGCGGAGUGUGGGCCUUCUUCUGCUAUGCAAUCAUGGGCUGGUGCACUUGUGUCGAGUGAUCGUUCUGUCUCAGAAUGGCCACAGAGCCAAGGAGCUGCUCUUGCCUUCCUUCACCAAUAUGAUGGUACACCUAAUGCCAUAUCAAAGCAGUUGCGAACUGUGCGCCGUAAACUGCAGCAAAUUGAGGUUCUGGAGAUUCGCCAAGCGAAAGGAAUGGUGCUUGAUGCACAACAAUUGGAGAAAGUUGGCAGAAAAGAUGAGCUCCUGGCUGAACUGGACUAUCUUGAGGCAGGGGCUGAUCCUGUGGUUGGUGGUUUGAAAAUUGGGCGUUUCAGUGGGACAGAUUCCCCACCUUGGGGCAGUGCCAAUGACCUUGAAGAGGAUGACUUGGAGCUUGUGUCAAACGCAUCAGCUAAGAAACAAAAGCACCGUUCUCGAAGGAAAGGAAAGCCUGCAUUGUCGAAUGCCAGCACAUUUUGCAGUGGUGGCGAUGUGGAUUCAGGAAUUGUGAAGAAGUAUCAACAGCCGGGUGAUACAAGAUGUGCACGGAGGGAUGAGGUUGUUAGGCAGCUGGAUUAUGCGACAUGUGCUGCGGCAGGAGUGCCUUUCUUGGUUAUGGACAGGGCACAGUGUGAUGGGGGAAGAAUGGCCGGUUCUUCAGUGGGUGCCACUGGUGGCACAGUUACCCCUGUGGAGAUGUCUCCAAUGGGAUCACAGUCUUCAACUGCAGCUGAGCCUCCAGCAACAUCGGUGAGGCCACUUAAGGUUCUGGGACGCAGGAAAGGGGGUUCGUCGGUCUUUCUAAAAGGGGAAUUAGAUGCUCUGCCAACCCCCUCACCUCUUCCUCCUCCGAAACCCAAGGCCCAAGGACCUGCUUGGGGGGGUCUGGGUCUAGCAAAUCAGCUCAAAGGUGAAUCGCUACGUACUAUUCAAAUAGAGCAAGGGAAUGGUGGAGCCCACUACUCUAAGGUGCUACGAGGAGUUGUGGUGCCAGCUACAGCGGGUCCUUCAUCCACUAGCAACCUGUGUACAAGAAAAGACACAGAAGCUGGCGGCGGCCUUGGAAAACUGGGGAAGAAAGGAACUUGUCCAGUGCAAUCUGGUCUUGAAGAUCCAGACAGUGGCCAGCAUCGCAUUGCCCUCUCAGAUUUUCUCAAGAAGAAGUCAGCCCCAAUUGCCAUAAAAGGUGCACCGAGGAAGGCUCGUGGAGUGGCAAAGGGGAAGAAAGGUGGCCCACCAGAUGAGGUGGUCCUUCCAUGGGGCCGUAGUCCAGGGGAAACAUCUACUCCAUCACUUCGAGACAUACAGGAACAGCAGGCAGAGCAGUAUGACUUCAGUAGGAGUCAGCAUAUAGCUGUGCGUUCCAUAAAGUUGGGGUUCCGGGACUUUGCUCGAGAGUUGGUAGGCGUUAUAGGCACGGAGGUGGGCCACCGCCUCGACAAGACUGAGCGAUUUUGUGCUGGCGCCAUUGAAGGCGUCAAGGCGGCAGCCCCCAAGGAGGAGGAAGCACGUCCUCCUCGCCGGGAACCAGUCAAGGUCAAAUUCCCUGAUUCCUACAGUGGAAAAAGGGAAGAGAACUUUGACAAUUGGGAAGCUAAUGUUAAGACCUAUGUGCAUUUGCAACAGGUCUCCCCGGAUCAGCAGGUUUUGAUCGCGAUCCACGCAUUGAGAGAUGAGGCCGCUAGUUUUGCAAGGUCUCUGGUUCGCACUGCCAACUGUAGUGACGAUCCCGUUGCAUACUCCUCGUUUACGUCCCUCGUCAAAUUCCUGAAACUGUUGCGCGAGCGAUUUACUGAUGUCGCUCGCAGUGUCAAGGCCUCAGACAAGCUCCAGACCAUCCAUUCUCGUAAAUGGAAGAGUGCCAGGGCACUCAAGGGUACAAUGGAUGAGUUGGUCGCCGUCCCUGACCAUGGAGUCACAGAGGGCCAGUUAGUCAAUCUCUUCUACCGGGCUAUGAUCGAAGCCUUUCGAGGGCAGUUCUUCGCGAAGAGCGAAGACCCUGCCACCACUUACGAUUCCCUUAGCCGUGAGGUGGUGGCUUUGAAGCGAAGCCGGUGUCCAGACAGUUGUCCCGAAACUGCUUGUGUUAGAGUUUCGCUAGACACCUCCCUUACAAGCGUGGUCGAAGAAUUGAAGGAGAGGAUGCCCGCCUGGGCCAAGAUGAAGAAGGAGAAUAAAGGGCAGCUUAUAUUGUUAGAUACAGAGGUUUUUAGAAGUAGAUUUGGGGCCCUAGUAGAUUCAGGGGCCACCCGCAGCUAUAUUAGUAGGAAAGUGAUGCAGAAGUUGAAGUUGGGACUUAAAGUCCAAAAGCUAGCAGACCCCAUAGUUAGCAUCCUCGCAGACAAUCUUACUAUGGUUGUAGAGGAGUAUGUAGAGGGAGUCCAGGCGUAUUUCCGCCUAGAGAAGAAUGGGAAAGUGGAGAAGGUCCUCCACUCCCUGACUCUCCUCGUAGAAGACAGCCUCCCAUUCGACAUUGUCCUGGGAAUGGAUUGGGGAGAGGCAGUCGGGGCCACGCUCCAUUUGAAGGAGCACGAGUGUAGGCUCCCUAGUUCUUCAGGCGAGGCUAAGACCGCCCUCCUGUUCCAUGUGUCAGGCGUAGAGAAUUCCUUGGCACAUUGCUGCCUUAGUGCUCCUGCGUUCGCCAUAUUGGUGAAAAAGGAGAAACUAGAGGAACAGGUUUUCGUUGCCUACGUCAGGCCAGUGACUGAGCCUACGGAAGAGAAGCUGAAGUACCCUGCAAUUGCCAAACUGCUGGAAGAGUUUAAGGAUUUGACUGAGCCGUCGACAGGCACUGUGUCGCGGCCCAUCCAGCACCGUAUUGAGAUAGAGCCUGGCAGUAGAUCUCCUAAGGGUGCAGUGUAUAGGAUGUCCCCGCGGGAGUUAGAGGAGCUUCGCAAGCCGUGGUUAGAUAGAUUUGUUGUAGUUUAUCUAGAUGACAUCCUAGUGUUUAGCCGGACCCCUGAAGAGCAUCAGGGUCAUCUCAGGCAGGUCUUGGAGAAGCUGAGGGAAGCUAACUUCAAGAUCAAUGCGAAGAAGUGCGAUUGGGCGAAGACCCAAGUUUUGUAUUUAGGCCACUUCUUAGACAGAGACGGCGUCAAACCAGAGGAUAGCAAGAUCGCAGCGAUUAGAGAUUGGCCCACGCCACGUACGCUGACAGAGUUGCGUUCGUUCCUAGGCUUAGCUAAUUACUAUAGGAAGUUCGUGAGGAACUUCUCUACCAUCGCUGCGCCCCUUCGCAAGUUGUUGAGAAAGGAGACCAUCUGGAAGUGGGAUAAGGACUGCACGUCUGCCAUGAAGAAGYUAAAGCAGGCGUUGAUAGAAUAUCCGGUCCUUAAGGUCGCCGAUCCGUCCUUGCCUUUUGUCGUUACUACGGAUGCUAGCCAGUACGACAUAGGCGCAGUGUUGCAGCAAGACGAUGGCAAUGGUUAUAGACCCGUAGAGUUCAUGCCUGCUAGAAUGCCUUCAGAGAAGGUCGCGACAUCCACCUAUGAGAGGGAACUCUACGCUCUCAGGCAAGCUUUAGACCACUGGAAGCACUACUUGCUUGGGAGGCACUUCAAAGUCUAUUCUGACCAUGAAACGUUACGAUGGUUAAAGACGCAGGCCAAGAUGACACCUAAGCUUACUAGGUGGGCCGCCGAGAUAGAUCAGUACGACUUCGAGCUCAAGCCUGUCAAGGGGAAGUACAACGUAGUUGCGGAUGCUCUGAGUAGGAGGGCAGAUUACUUUGGGGUGAUAGUGCAUUACCUCGAUAUAGGGAAGGACCUACAGCAGAAGGUUAGGGAGGCCUACGCGCAGGACCCUAUCUAUAGUGACCUCCUUAAGAAAGUCAAAGAGGCCCCAGAGACUGAGCCGAACUACCGCAGUACUGAAGGGUUACUCUUUGAGAAGAUUAGUGUCUUUGACCGCGUGUGCAUUCCCAAUAGUGAAGAGAUCCGUAGCCUGAUUCUGGGAGAAUGCCAUGACACAGAGGGUCACUUUGGUUGGCAAAAGACUUUAGCCAAUCUCAUGUGCGCGUAUACCUGGCCAGGGAUGAAGAAUGACUGCGUAGAGUAUGUUCGCAGUUGCAAAGUCUGCCAGCGGAAUAAGAGUUCUACGCGCGCCCCGCUAGGUCUUCUCAGACCCUUGCCCAUUCCGGAUCAGCCGGGAGACUCAGUGUCGAUAGAUUUCAUGGACACUCACGUCAAGAGCAGGCAUGGCAAGAGCCAAGUCAUGGUCAUAGUUGACUGUUUUAGCAAAUACGCAGUUUUUGUUCCUUUGCCUUCAGAGGCACGUACUGAUUUAGUCAUACAGAGAUUCUUUGACUGUUGGGUUAGUGAGAAUGGAAUCCCGCUAUCAAUAGUUAGCGAUAGAGAUAGUCGCUUCACCAGCCAGAACUGGCAAGAACUCAUGGGAGUAUAUGGAUCGAAGUUGUUGAUGUCGUCUGGCCGCCAUCCUGAGACUAACGGUCAGACAGAGCAAAUGAACAAGAUCCUACAGCAAGUUCUGCGCAUGUACAUUAGGCCAGAUCAGAUAAACUGGGAUGAGAUGCUGCCUAAAGUAGCUAGUGCGUACAAUAACAGCGUGCAUCUGUCUACAUGCCGCACUCCCAACGAACUGCACAAGUCCUUUAGACCACGCAGACCGUUUGAGGGACUCAACCGGGAUCAAAUUCACAGAUUGCCACCCGGGACCAGGGAGUUUGCUGUGCAGCACGAGAAAGAACUAGCUACUGUCGUAGAGAACCUCAGAAAAGCCCAGCAUAGGAUGAUAGAGGAAGCGAACAAACAUCGUCGCCCUUCACAGUUUCAAGUAGGCGACUUAGUCUGGGUUAGUUCUAAAGAGUUUGCGCCGGAGGAGAAGAUCUCGCAGAAGUUACUGCCCACACAUAUAGAGGACCGUGGCCUGUUCUGGAAGUCAGGGGCGGCGAAGAUGGACCGUCCUAUACAAUAGAACUACCAGCACACCUCCACACGUAUCCAGUUUUCCACGCAUCAAAGUUGCUACCUUGUCAAACAAGUGAUCAGUUUCCAUCCCGUAGA